GCGCAAGGCUCGCGAGCUCCUCGUGCGAGUUGCAACGUGGAGUUACAAACCACCUGUCUAGUCGUUGCCUGGCGACAGGGGCAAACACAUUCAAACUAUGUCACCACGUGCUCACAGGAGUACCGCGUAGCUCAGACUCAACCUCUACAUACUUUGUUCUAACAAAUCUGCCGCGACACUUUUCUGCCUUCUUGACGGACUUCGAAGUAGCCGGUCAUGUGCCCAGUGCAUUCAGCGGUCAUGAGACUUGUUGCGCCAGCUACACAUUUCGAGUGAUAAGGGUUGUCUACCCUGUUGUGUUUCCCCACAACGAAGCUAAACCCUGUGUGCUGUUGAACAAGAACAAAAGGAUACAUCAUUAAGAGACUAAAAGAAAGAAGUAAAGAAAGAUUAAAGGUAGAAAAAGAAUAAAAAUAAAUAAAAGAGAGGAGAAAAGAAAUACAGUUAUCCUUAGAAAUAUAAAGGAAAAGAAUGACAAGCGAAUCUCCAGCGCAGAUCGAAACAGAGAUGAUGGAGGUGUUCACAACGUCGAUGCCAGAAGGGAAAGAAACUGUUGUCGAGACUGCGGAACAGUUGCCUCCCUUGACUUACGUCGAUUUUUACCCUCGCUGCUUGGGUACCAAGUUUGCCGGCGAGCCACAGUACGCAGACUUUCAGUCUGUUGUUGAGGAGGCCAAUCAGUGGCUUCGCUCGAUGCCGCAGUUUGUGGUCGUCAAGUGCGAGACAGUAGAGAGCAAGCUGAACGCCGCGGAUUUCAAGGCGGACUUCGAUAACAGCUUCUGUCACAUUUCCAGUAAUGGCAAGAAUGUCUACCUGAAGGGGCUGAGACUAUGGCUGCGACCGCAAGGAGAGACGCCGGCGCCGGUGCAGCAGCUGGCGUACAUGACGGUGCUGCCAGACCACACCAACAACAACCUCGUCAGCACCUUGGCCGCCGUGGCUGCCACCAUCUCGCUCCGCGUGGCGCCGGACAACGUCCUGCCGUCCUUCGAUUCGCUGCCUACCAUGUUGCAGAAGCUCAGCCGCCAUUUGCAACAGAAGCCCUUGCCAGGUAAGAUCUUAACUGUUGAGACGGUGACUUUCAAAGUGAUGGAGACUGCGUCGCUUGAGAAGAUCAACACCGAGAACUGUCUAGGGUGGGAAUCAGGUCGCACUACCCGGAUGUACGUCUGCGGCAUUCGACUGUUUUAUGAGCAGGGCCAGCCAGCCUUUGAACAAAUCGGCUAUCAUGAUGAAGUUCCGGAUAUAGCCCAGGACCACGAAAACUUUAUGCACAGAGUGCGGUUCGCUCCAUUUUCCAGCAUUGUCUCCAAGGCAGCGCAUUGGCUACAAGGCCAGCAAAAUAUUCGAGCUGUCAACUUUCAGUCCCUGACGUUCAAAGCAGAGAGGCCAGGGGGAAUGGGCCCCUACCUCAUUGAAACCACGCAGUCUGGGUUCGCAGAAGCGCCCAGCCUCCUGGAAACGCGCUACAUCAAAAUUCUUCGCAUUUUUUACGUUAAGGACCAAAAGAGCGAAAACUCGUCUCUCUACAGCUCCGUUCAUCUGACAACUCGACUCUUCGUGCCCGCUCGACCGGCAGGUGCAGGGUUCGAAUCUCGCUCCAAAACUGCUCAGAGAAUCAUUUCCUGGUUGACCGCUACAGGUGUCCCAGUGCUCAGCGCGGAAACUGUCCGUUAUGCUGUGGACAAGGAUAGCGAAGGUACAGGUGUCAAGGAAGAUCGCUCUGACUCAGUAGCGACUACGUCGGCAGGCCAGCAGUACGUCACCUGCGUCAGAUUGUUCUUUCCGUGCGAGUUCCAGGAGCCACCGCCGGAAGUCGUCCCUCAGACUGCAGAAGAUCAGUGGGGGUGGGGGUGUGUUAUUGCGUAGAGACCUGCUGCUACGAUCCCUUCCUUCGUCGCCAUCACAAUCAUUUUGCUGUGAACAGACACAAGUUUUAGGAGCUCGGUCAUUUUUCUCGGACUGUUCCGCUGUCGCGGUUUACCAGGCUGAUGUGAAGGACAUAAAAAUAUUUGACAUCUUACAGUUUCGUUGCAGGAAGUGGACAGAGGUGGAGAACAAACUCUUCUCUCCCUCCACCACUCCACAUCUUAGUCUCACUUUGAUCACCUCCGAAAUGAGGCUGUUACCAAGCUAUGCAACCCGGUAUUUUUUUUUGUUUUGUUUUUUGUUUGUCUGAAGCACAGUAUCUCAGAGCAUGACCGUUUUCAUGCAGCUCUGUGGAAGAAUCAAUCAAAGCUACAAAAGAUAUAUUUUUUUAAUUACAGCGUUGUUAAAGUGUCUACGUUGAAACUUAUUACUAGGAAUUCAAAACGUAGGAGACACCCUACCCUUCCUAUACCUCCUUCACACAUUCAACCCUCACAUCUUAGGUUGCAGAUAUCUUACAAAUAGAUUACGUAAAUGGAGCGAAAUUUUCGUGCGUUUUGCAUUCUUUAUUUGUUUACUUAUUUACUGCGGUGUAAUAAAAAUCAUCUGUAUUCGCGUCAUACCUGCGUGCCUUUAGAAAAGCAAAGAGCAAGACAACAGACUGCAUGUAAAGGGAAAAUGUGGAUUUUUAAAAAAAAGUAUUUUUUUUCUUCAAAUAAUCGUGUGCAUUAAUUCCUUUUCAUCAUCAUUUUAAUAUAUCAUUUUUACUUUUAUUGAAGUGAUAUUUCAUGUUUUCAUGCACAACA